CGCCCUCCCUGCAGCCCGCCCUCCGCACCGUCCCGGCUCGCCCGCGCGCCGCAUCUGGAGCCGCCGAGCGGAGCCCAGCGCGGGGAGGGUGCGAGUCCGCCCCAAGGAAGAGGAGGAUGGCAGGGCCACAUCCCAGCCCGUGGACCAGGCUGCUGCUGGCAGCCCUGCUGAGCGUCAGCUUCCCCGGGGACAUGGCGAACCGCUGCAAGAAGGCCCAGGUGAAGAGCUGCACCGAGUGCAUCCGCGUGGACAAGGACUGCGCCUACUGCACGGACGAGGUGUUCAAGGAACGUCGCUGCAACACCCAGGCUGAGCUGCUGGCUGCCGGCUGCCGGCUGCAGAGCGUGGUGGUCAUGGAGAGCAGCUACGAGAUCAUGGAGGAAAGGCAGAUCGACACCACGCUGCGCCGCAGCCAGGUGUCCCCCCAGGCACUGCGGGUGCGGCUGCGGCCGGGUGAGGAGCGGCACUUCGAGCUGCAGGUGUUUGAGCCCCUGGAGAGCCCCAUGGACCUGUAUAUUCUCAUGGACUUCUCCAACUCCAUGUCUGAUGAUCUGGACAACCUCAAGAAGAUGGGGCAGGAUCUGGCUCAGGUCCUGAGGCAGCUCACCAGUGACUACACAAUAGGAUUUGGCAAGUUCGUGGACAAAGUCAGCGUCCCUCAGACGGACAUGAGGCCUGAGAAGCUGAAGGAACCCUGGCCCAACAGUGAUCCCCCCUUCUCCUUCAAGAAUGUCAUCAGCCUAACGGAAGACGUGGAGGAAUUCCGGAACAAGCUGAAGGGGGAGCGCAUCUCAGGCAACCUGGAUGCCCCCGAAGGAGGUUUCGAUGCCAUCCUGCAGACGGCCGUGUGCACCAGGGACAUCGGCUGGCGCCCUGACAGCACCCACUUGCUGGUGUUCUCCACCGAGUCGGCCUUCCACUACGAGGCCGACGGGGCCAACGUACUGGCCGGCAUCAUGAGGCGUAACGACGAGGAGUGCCACCUGGACCCCACGGGCACCUACACUCAGUACAAGAUGCAGGACUACCCAUCGGUGCCCACCCUGGUGCGCCUGCUCGGCCAGCACAACAUCAUCCCCAUCUUCGCCGUCACCAACUACUCCUAUAGCUACUACGAGAGGCUGUCGUCCUACUUCCCCGUCUCCUCACUGGGGGUGCUGCAGGAGGACUCGUCCAACAUAGUGGAUCUGCUGCAGGAAGCCUUCAACCGCAUCCGCUCCAACCUGGACAUUCGGGCCCUGGACAGUCCUCGAGGCCUGCGGACAGAGGUCACCUCUAGGAUGUUCCAGAAGACGGACACAGGGUCCUUUUUCAUCCGGCGAGGGGAAGUGGGCACAUACCAAGUGCAGCUGCGGGCCAUCGAGGACUUGGAUGGGGCUCAUGUGUGCCAGCUGCCGGAGGCAGACCAGAAGGGCACCAUCCAUCUGAAGCCAUCCUUCUCCAACGGCCUCCGGAUGGAUGUGGGCGUCAUCUGUGACGUGUGCUCCUGUGAGCUGCAAAAAGAGGAGCGGUCAUCUCGCUGCAGCUUCCAUGGGGACUUCAUGUGCGGACACUGUGUGUGCCAUGAGGGCUGGAGCGGCAAGACCUGUAACUGCUCCACCGGCUCCCAGAGCGACCUGCAGCCCUGCCGGCGGGAGGGCGAGGACAAGGUGUGCUCCGGGCGGGGCGAAUGCCAGUGUGGGCACUGUGUGUGCUACGGCGAAGGCCGCUACGAGGGUCAGUUCUGUGAAUAUGACAACUUCCAGUGCCCCCGCACCUCUGGGUUCCUCUGCAAUGACCGGGGACGCUGCUCCAUGGGCCAGUGUGUGUGUGAGCCUGGCUGGACAGGCCUGAGCUGUGACUGUCCUCUCAGCAAUGCCACCUGCAUCGAUAGUAACGGGGGCCUCUGUAACGGACGUGGCUACUGCGAGUGCGGCCGUUGCCACUGCAACCAACAGUCGCUCUACACGGACACCGUCUGCGAGAUCAACUACUCGGCGAUCCGCCUGGGCCUCUGUGAGGACCUGCGCUCCUGCGUGCAGUGCCAGGCCUGGGGCACCGGUGAAAAGAAGGGGCGCACGUGCGAGGAGUGCAGCUUCAAGGUCAAGAUGGUGGAUGAGCUUAAGAAAGCGGAGGAGGUGGUGGAACACUGCUCCUUCCGGGAUGAGGAUGACGACUGUACCUACAGUUACACCGUGGAGGGUGACAGCGCCCCCGGGCCCAACAGCACCGUCCUGGUGCAGAGGAGGAAGGAAUGCCCCCCGGGCACCUUCUGGUGGCUCAUCCCCCUGCUCAUCUUCCUCCUUCUGUUCCCGGUCCUGCUGCUGCUGCUCUGCUGGAAGUACUGUGCCUGCUGCAAGGCCUGUCUGGCCCUUCUCCCUUGCUGCAACCAAGGUCACAUGGUGGGCUUCAAGGAAGACCACUACAUGCUGCGGGAGAACCUGAUGGCCUCGGACCACCUGGACACGCCCUUGCUGCGCAGCGGGAACCUCAAGGGGCGCGACACAGUCCGAUGGAAGAUCACCAACAAUGUGCAGCGGCCGGGCUUCGCCUCGCACGCUGCUGGCAUCAACCCCUCGGAGCUGGUGCCCUACGGACUGUCCCUGCGGCUCGCCCGCCUCUGCACCGAGAACCUGCUGAAGCCUGGCACACGAGAGUAUGACCAGCUGCGCCAGGAGGUGGAAGAGAAUCUGAACGAGGUGUACCGACAAAUCUCAGGCGCCCACAGCCUCCAGCAGACUAAGUUCCGGCAGCAGCCCAACGCUGGGAAAAAGCAGGACCACACCAUUGUGGACACGGUGCUGAUGGCUCCCCGCUCAGCCAAGCAGGCCCUGUUGAAGUUGACAGAGAAGCACGUGGAGCAGGGGGCCUUCCAUGAGCUCAAGGUGGCCCCCGGCUAUUACACGCUCACUGCAGACCAGGACGCCCGAGGCAUGGUGGAGUUCCAGGAGGGCGUGGAGCUGGUGGACGUGCGGGUGCCUCUGUUUAUCCGGCCCGAGGAUGACGACGAGAAGCAGCUGCUGGUGGAGGCCAUCGAUGUGCCCGUGGGCACCGCCACCCUCGGACGCCGCCUGGUCAAUAUCACCAUCAUCAAGGAGCAAGCCAGCGGGAUCGUGUCCUUUGAGCAGCCCGAGUAUUUGGUCAGCAGCGGGGAGCAUGUUGCCCGCAUCCCUGUGGUCCGGCGCAUCCUGGACAGCGGCAAGUCACAGGUCUCCUACCGCACGCAGGACAACACUGCCAAGGGCAACCGGGACUACAUCCCCAUGGAGGGUGAGCUGCUGUUCCAACCUGGAGAGACCUGGAAGGAGCUGCAGGUGAAGCUGCUGGAGCUGCAGGAGAUGGACUCCCUCCUGCGGGGCCCUCAGACCCGCCGCUUCUACAUCCAACUCAGCAACCCCAAGUUCGGGGCCCGCCUGGGCCAGCCCCAGUCUGCCACUGUCAUCAUUGGGGACCGAGAUGAGCUGGACCGGAACGUAAUGAACCAGACUGUGUCAUCACCCCCACCACCCCGGGGCGACCUGGGUGCCCCACAGAAUCCCAAUGCCAAGGCUGCCGGGUCCCGGAAGAUCCACUUCAACUGGCUGCCGCCUCCUGGCAAGCCAACAGGGUACCGGGUGAAGUACUGGAUCCAGGGCGACUCCGAGUCUGAAGCCCACCUGCUCGACAGCAAGGUCCCCUCAGUGGAGCUCACCAACCUGUACCCAUAUUGCGACUACGAGAUGAAGGUGUGCGCCUACGGGGCGCAGGGCGAGGGCCCCUACAGCUCCCCGGUGUCCUGUCGCACCCACCAGGAAGUGCCCAGCGAGCCCGGGCGUCUGGCCUUCAACGUCGUCUCCUCCACUGUGACCCAGCUGAGCUGGGCCGAGCCAGCAGAGACCAACGGCGAGAUCACAGCCUAUGAGGUCUGCUACGGCCUGGUCAAUGAGGACAACCGACCCAUCGGGCCCAUGAAGAAGGUGCUGGUGGAUGGCCCCAAGAAGCGGACGCUGCUCAUCGAGAACCUGCGCGAGUCCCAGCCGUACCGCUACACAGUCAAGGCUCGCAACGGGGCAGGCUGGGGGCCUGAGCGGGAGGCCAUCAUCAACCUGGCCACCCAGCCCAAGCGACCCAUGUCCAUCCCCAUCAUCCCUGACAUCCCCAUCGUGGACGCCCAGAGUGGGGAGGACUAUGAGAGCUUCCUCAUGUACAGCGAUGACGUGCUCCGCUCUCCGGCCGGCAGCCAGAGGCCCAGCGUCUCUGAUGACACCGGCUGCGGCUGGAAGUUCGAGCCCCUGCUGGGGGAGGAGCUGGACCUGCGGCGCGUCACGUGGCGGCUGCCCCCGGAGCUCAUCCCGCGCCUGUCCGCCGGCAGCCGGCGCUCCUCCGACUCCGGGCCCCCGGGAGACGGCACCGCCGAUGGGGGCGCUCGGGGCGCCAGCGGGGAGGGAGAGCACCUGGUGAACGGGCGAAUGGACUUUGCCUUCCCCGGCAGCGCCAACUCCCUGCACAGGAUGACCGUGAGCACCGCCGCCCACGGCGCCCACCUGAGCCCGCAGCUGUCCCACCGCAUGCUGAGCACCUCGUCCACCCUCACGCGGGACUACCACUCGCUGACGCGCACGGAACACUCGCGCUUGGCCACGCUGCCCAGGGACUACUCCACCCUCACCUCCCUCUCCUCCCAGAGUGAGUGCCGCCUCCUCCCCGGCCCUCCGGCCAGUCCUUCCUCUCUUCCAGCUCCUGGAGGCGGGACAGGGGCUGCUGUCCCACGCUGCCCCCCAUCCAACACGCACACCCGCCCCAGCUCACUCCUGUUUUGUCCUGCCCUAGGCCUCCCUCCCAUCUGGGAACACGGGAGGAGCAGGCUUCCACUGUCCUGGGCCCUGGGGUCCCGGAGUCGGGCUCAGAUGAACGGGGCCCCCCGCUCCGAGGACUCAAGAGACUCUAUAAUCCUGGCUGGGCAGCCAGCAGCGCCCUCGUGGGGCCCAGGCUCCUGCCUGGCUGCGGGCGUGCCCAACACGCCCACCCGCCUGGUGUUCUCUGCCCUCGGACCCACGUCUCUGAAAGUGAGCUGGCAGGAGCCGCAGUGUGAGCGUGCGCUGCAGGGCUACAGUGUGGAGUACCAGCUGCUGAACGGCGGUGAGCUGCAUCGCCUCAACAUCCCCAGCCCCAGCCAGACCUCGGUGGUGGUGGAGGACCUCCUGCCCAACCACUCCUAUGUGUUCCGCGUGCGGGCCCAGAGCCAGGAGGGCUGGGGCCCAGAGCGCGAGGGUGUCAUCACCAUUGAGUCUCAGGUGCACCCGCAGAGCCCGCUCUGCCCCCUGCCAGGCUCCGCCUUCACUUUGAGCACACCCAGUGCCCCGGGCCCACUGGUGUUCACUGCCCUAAGCCCCGACUCACUGCAGCUGAGCUGGGAGCGGCCCCGCAGGCCGGAUGGCGACAUUCUGGGCUACCUGGUGACGUGUGAGAUGGCCCAUGGAGGAGAGCCAGCCACCACGUUCCUGGUUGAUGGCGACAGCCCCGAGAGCCGGCUGACCGUGCCCGGCCUCAGUGAGAACGUGCCCUACAAGUUCAAGGUGCAGGCCAAGACCACCCAAGGCUUCGGGCCGGAGCGUGAAGGAAUCAUCACCAUUGAGUCCCAGGAUGGAGGACCCUUCCCACAGCUGGGCGGCCACUUGGGGCUCUUCCAGCACCCAGCAUCAGGGGAAUACAGCAGCAUCACCACCCACUCCAGCACCACUGAGCCCUUCCUACUGGAUGGACUGACCCUGGGCUCCCAGCACCUGGAAGCAAGUGGCUCCCUCACCCGGCAUGUGACACAGGAGUUUGUGAGCCGGACGCUGACCACCAGUGGGACCCUCAGCACCCACGUGGACCAACAGUUCUUCCAGACCUGAGCUCCCCCAACUCUACACACACACCCCGCUCCACCCCCACCCCAGGCGCUGCCUCAGCUACUCCAUCCUUGGACUCCUGGUGGCCCGGCCCAGCCACAUGCUGAUCACAAGGCCGCUGCCUCUGGCCACAGUGCAGGGGCUCAGUGUCCUCUGGACGGCAUGGAGGAGGCAGAGGUCCCAGAAGGCCCUUCUGGCUGCCCCCCCUGCCCCCGGCCCCAGCCCCUUUGUAACCAAAGAGCUGGACCCAGCAUGGCAAGGGCUUGGCUUUGUUCUGCACUAUAAUAAAGGAUUUCGCUACUGCUUGGC